AUGGGGCGACAUUGGCCAAGAGGAGUCUGAGGAGCAGAGUAAUUGCCGCACGUUCUGAUUCUGCGAACGAGCUCGGAUCGGAAACAGCGGCGGCGGUGUCGCCGGUGGUUCUUUUUUUUGUUCUUCCGUGAUCCCGCGGACGAUCGGCGAUGUUUUCUGCUAUCCCUCCAUGGAUUGGCUCGCGAUCGUGCUCGCCGUCGUCGCUUGUGCUGCAGCCAUCGCAGUCAACGACGGCGGCUGACUUCUUCCGAUGGCUCGGGGUGGUGUUCCUCUCGCCUUGUCCUCAGCGCGUGCUCUGCGGGGCGGUCGACGCCUUCUUCCUCCUCGUUUUGGUUGUUUUUUCCGUGCAGAAGUUGUGGUAUCGGUUCGGUCGGCGACGUGGGGAUGGCGGCCGAGAGGAGGACGCUAGGAAGCCCUUGCUUUCGGAGGAGUCGCACCGCGUGGUGGUUAAAACCGGCUGGGGGUUCAAACUCGCCCUCGGCGUCUCCGUCAUCCUCGCCGCCAGCUACGCCGCGCUUCUCGCCUUCGCGCUCGCGCUUCUUCCGCGGUCCCGGUGGCUGGCGGCCGAGUCGGUCUUCCUGCUCCUCCAGUUCCUCUCCCACCUCGCCGCUGCCGCACUUGUUGCCCAUGAAAAGAAGUUCCGGGCGGCCGCUCACCCUGCGACGCUCCGCAUCUUCUGGGCCGCGACCUUCCUCCUCUCCGCUCUUUUCGCUUCUUCCGCCGGACUACGGAUUGCCGGCGGCGCGGCGAUUCCCGUCGACGACGUGGUCUCCUUCGUUGCUCUGGCGGCCGCCGUCCCGCUGCUCGUCUUGGCGAUCUCAGGGUCGACCGGGGUGUAUGUCAAGGAUGCUGCAACGACGGAGGGAUCGUCGUCGUCGGCGGCGGCAGCAGGGGAGGAGAAUACCAACGUAACGCCCUACGCCACUGCCUCUAUUCUCUCCCAGCUGACGUGGGCGUGGAUGAACCCGUUGAUUAACAAGGGGUAUCGCUCGGCGCUCAACCUGUCCGACGUGCCGACGUUGUCACCGGAGCACCGGGCUGAGCGCAUGUUCCAACUGUUCAAGUCGAAUUGGCCGGACGGCGCGACCCGGGCGGACAACCCGGUCCGCACCACCCUUCUCCGAUGCUUUUGGCCGCGCCUGCUCCUCACCGCCGGUCUCUCCAUCGUCCGCCUCUUCGUGAUGUACAUCGGCCCCAGCCUCAUCCAGCGUUUCGUUGACUUCACCUCCGGCCAGGGCUCCUCUCCAUACGAGGGCUACUACCUCUGCGCCAUUCUUCUAGCGGCCAAGUUCGUGGAGGUGCUCUGCUCACACCAAUACAACUUCCAGUCGCAGAAGAUGGGUAUGCUAAUCCGCUCCACCCUCAUCACCUCCCUCUACCGCAAGGGCCUCCGCCUCUCUUGCUCGGCCCGCCAGUCCCAUGGCGUCGGCAUGAUCGUCAACUACAUGGCCGUCGACGCGCAGCAGCUCUCCGACAUGAUGCUCCAAAUCCACUACAUCUGGCUCAUGCCCCUCCAAGUAGGCGCCGCGCUCAGCCUCCUCUCCAUCUACUUCGGCGCCUCCGUCGUCUCCGCCGUCGUCGGCCUCGCCUUCAUCAUGGUCUUCGUCCUCUUCGGCACCCGUCGCAACAAUCGCUUUCAGUUUCAGCUAAUGGGGAUGCGCGACAAGCGCAUGAAGGCCACCAACGAGAUGCUCAACUACAUGCGCGUCAUCAAGUUCCAAGCUUGGGAGGAGCACUUCAACCGGCGCAUCAACCAGUUUCGCGACGGCGAGUACGGCUUCCUCGCCAAGUUCAUGUACUCCGUUUGCGGCAACAUCAUCGUACUAUGGAGCGCGCCGGUGGUCAUCUCCGCACUGGUCUUCGCCACGUGCAUCAUCGUCGGCGGCAUCACCCUCGACGCUGGUCUCGUCUUCACCGCCACUUCCUUCUUCCGCAUACUGCAGGAGCCAAUGCGCAACUUCCCGCAGGCCCUCAUCUCGGCCUCGCAGGCAGUCAUCUCGCUGCAGCGACUCGACAGCUUCAUGACCAGCGCCGAGCUCGACGACUCCGCAGUCGAACGCUCCGCCACCUGCGGCAGCGAAGACGGAGUCGCCAUCGAGCUCACCGGCGGAGCUUUCUCGUGGGACGACGAGGCCUCCGACGAGAGCGCAGCCUCACUGAAACAGAUCGACCUGCGGAUUCAACGCGGCGAACUGGCCGCCGUCGUCGGCACCGUCGGUUCUGGCAAGUCCUCCCUCCUCUCCUGCAUCCUCGGCGAGAUGAACAAGAUCACCGGCAAGGUGAGGGUGUGCGGGAGCACGGCGUAUGUGGCGCAGACGUCAUGGAUCCAGAACGGCACCAUCCAAGACAACAUCCUGUUCGGAGCGCCGAUGGACGGGAAGAGGUACGAGGAGGUCAUCCGCGUCUGCUGCCUCCAGAAGGACCUCGAGAUGAUGGAGUUCGGCGACCAGACCGAGAUCGGCGAGCGCGGCAUCAACCUCAGCGGCGGCCAGAAGCAGCGCAUCCAGCUCGCCCGAGCUGUCUAUCAGGACGCCGACGUCUACCUCCUAGACGACGUCUUCAGCGCCGUCGAUGCACAGACCGGCUCAGAGAUCUUCAAGGAAUGUGUCAGGGGCGUCCUCAAAUCCAAGACUAUUGUGCUCGUGACCCACCAAGUGGACUUCUUGCAUAACGUUGAUCUCAUUCUGGUCAUGCGAGAUGGACAAAUUGUACAGUCUGGAAAGUAUGAUGAGGUACUAAAAUCAGGCACUAACUUUGCUGCACUAGUUGCUGCUCAUGACAGUUCGAUGGAGCUUGUAGAGAAAAGUGGGUUUUCACAGGAAAACCAUGAGGAACAAGGGACCCAACAACAUGCACCGGAACGUGAGCAAUCUAAUGGUGAAAAUGGUUCCAUAAUCUCGCCAAAGACUGAGAAAAAGAAAGGAACUUCUAAACUUAUAAAAGAAGAAGAGCGUGAGACUGGCCAUGUCAGUUGGAAUGUCUAUAUGGUGUACAUAACUCAAGCUUGGGGGUGGUGGGGAGCAGCUUUGGUGCUUCUGAUAGCAUUAAUGUGGCAGACCUCUCUAAUGUCAAGUGACUAUUGGUUGGCAUAUGAAACAUCAGAAGAUAGGGCUGCUUCAUUUCGUGGGUCUAUAUUCAUCGAAGUCUAUGUCAUCAUAGCAUUAAUUUCUGCGCUACUUGUUGCUGCCAGAUCUUUUCUUAUUGCAUACUUGGGUCUCAAGACAGCUCAAAUAUUUUUCAGACAGAUUCUCAACAGUAUUCUUCAUGCUCCAAUGUCAUUCUUUGACACUACUCCUUCUGGAAGAAUUCUCAGUCGGGCAUCUUCUGACCAGACUAAUAUCGAUCUCUUCCUCCCCUUCUUUCUGGGGCUUACUGUGUCGAUGUACAUUACACUGAUUAGCAUACUCAUUGUAACAUGUCAAGUUGCAUGGCCUACAGUCAUUCUCAUACUUCCAUUGAUGUGGCUGAACAUUUGGUAUAGGGGUUAUUAUCUGGCAACAUCUCGGGAACUCACUCGUCUCGAGUCAAUUACAAAGGCACCAGUUAUCCAUCAUUUCUCAGAGUCCAUUCUUGGAGUUACGACAAUUCGCUGCUUUAGAAAGGAGGGAGAGUUUUGUCAGGAAAACUUGGUUAGGGUUGAUUCGAGCUUAAGGAUGGAUUUUCACAACAACGGAUCCAACGAGUGGCUUGGUUUUCGUUUAGAAUUGAUUGGAAGUUUUGUCCUUGUUGUUUCUGCUUUGCUCAUGAUCAUGCUUCCUAGCAAUUUCAUCAAACCAGAAUAUGUUGGUCUCUCUCUCUCCUAUGGUCUCUCCCUGAAUGCUGUGGUGUUCUGGACAAUUUGGAUCAGUUGCUUUAUAGAGAAUCGCAUGGUUUCAGUCGAACGGAUAAGGCAGUUCACCAACAUUCCCUCAGAGGCAGUUUGGAGGAUCAAAGAUUGUCUUCCAACUCCACAGUGGCCAGCCCAUGGAGAUAUACACAUAAGAGCUCUAGAGGUCCGAUAUCGUCCAGACACUCCUUUAGUUCUCAAAGGCAUCACAAUCAGCAUUAGAGGGGGAGAGAAAAUAGGUGUUGUUGGAAGGACAGGCAGCGGCAAAUCGACAUUGAUACAAGCUUUGUUUCGUAUAGUUGAGCCUUCAAGGGGGCAGAUAAUUAUAGAUGAAGUGGACAUUUGUAAGUUGGGACUUCAUGAUCUCAGAUCACGCUUUGGCAUUAUCCCUCAGGAGCCCGUACUUUUUGAAGGUACAGUCCGAAGCAAUAUCGACCCAAUUGGAUUAUACUCUGAUGACGAGAUAUGGCAGGCUCUGGAACGUUGCCAACUGAAGGAAUCAGUGUCUUCAAAACCUGAGAAGCUUGAUGCUUUAGUGGUUGAUAAUGGGGAGAAUUGGAGUGUCGGGCAAAGGCAGCUUCUCUGCCUAGGGAGGGUCAUGCUGAAGCGCAGCCGUAUUUUGUUUAUGGAUGAAGCAACAGCUUCGGUUGAUUCACAGACCGAUGCUGUUAUUCAGAGAAUCAUCAGAGAAGACUUUUCUUCUUGUACAAUUAUCAGCAUUGCCCAUAGAAUACCCACAGUGAUGGACUGCGAUCGAGUUUUAGUCAUUGAUGCAGGAUUGGCAAAGGAAUUUGACAAACCAUCCAACUUGGUCGACCAUCCCUCUCUCUUUGGAGCUUUAGUGCAGGAAUAUGCUCAUCGCUCUACCGAUCUUUAAGCGGCACCUCAUUGGUGCAUGAAUAAAGAGCACAACCCUCUCAAAAUCCACAGAAGGGACCUAAAUGCAAUUCAACUGAUGUUUACAAAAGAAAGCAGGAGGGAGAUCAAAUUCAUAGACAGAAAGCCUUCCAGUUCCAUGGUUGGUGUUGCAUGUUUCGAUAUCCUAGUUGAGAGGAGAGCCGGGAAUGAGAGUUUUCCCAUCAAAAGUUAAAUAUACUUAUUCUAGUAUCAGAAACUUAAGCCAUUCAUUUUUCUGGAACAAAAAGAAGGAUAGUGGCAGAGGAAAGGUUGCUUCCACAACUACUUUAUUUAAGGUGAUAUCGAAGCUUGUUGAGAUUGAGAAAAAUUUUAUUAAUUAUGAAACUGAACACUAUUCGGGUAUUACUGAUACUGUAUGUUUGUUGGCUACUCCUGCAAUUGAUUUAUUUUGGUUAUACAAAAGCCACCGUCAAUUCUAGUUCUUCAA